GCGCGUCGGCGCAUGCGCGGUGCGCCUUGCUCCGGCUAGCGCCUCCGUGCCCCUCGCCUCGGCCGGGAUCGGGAAGGCGAGUCGGCGGCGGCGGCGGCGCGGCGGCGGAGGAGGAGGAGGAGGAGGCCGCCGGGGCUCAAAAGUCGCAGUGCUCCGCUCUCCUCCUUCCACCAAGGCUGCAUGGUCUGUCCCUGGAAAUGGGAUGUCAAUCCCAUUCAGGGAUCUUGAAAACAGCCAGACCUUUCCCUUCCGCUGGCUGCUGUUGUCGACUUGACCUGGAGGCGAGGAACCCAGGAGAAGAUGUCACCGUCGCAUCUACCAAUCCAGGCUCAGGGCCCGUCAACCCCUCCUCCCCAGAGGUCACCAGCAACAAACCUGGACGGAAAACCAGCUUGGCACAUACAUGCAAAAUAUUUGUGGUGAAAACUCUGUGGAAGUAUCAGUUGCAUGGCCAGCACCAGCAGUGGAUAGCAAUUAAAUUGAAUUUGCCAGAUUAUCACAAAAUAAUCAAAAACCCAAUGGAUAUGGGGACGAUCAAGAAACGACUGGAACACAAUUACUACUGGAGUGCCAGUGAAUGUAUGCAAGAUUUCAACACCAUGUUUACAAAUUGUUACAUUUACAACAAGCCCACCGACGACAUCGUCCUCAUGGCCCAAGCCCUGGAGAAGAUCUUCCUGCAGAAAGUGGCCCAGAUGCCUCAAGAAGAAGUCGAAUUGUUACCUCCCGUUCCAAAAGGCAAAGCCCGGAAGUCCGCUGCCAGCGCACACAAUGCAGGAGCGCAGCACACAGCAGCUGUGUCCUCUGUGUCCCCGUCGGCCCCCUUCCAGAACGUCCCCCCCUCGGUCUCGCAGACGCCCGUCAUUGCCGCCACGCCUGUGCCAACCAUCACUGCUAACGUCGCCCCCAUCGCAGCUCCCCCUGCUGCCGCACCCCCUCCGCCUCCACCUCCCGCUCCCGUCAUGCCAGUCGUUCCUCCAACGCCACCUAUUGUCAAGAAGAAGGGAGUGAAGCGGAAAGCAGACACGACCACGCCCACAACGUCGGCCAUCACUGCCAGUCGGAGUGAGUCGCCCACCCCGCUGUCAGACCCCAAGCAGGCGAAAGUCGUGGCUCGGCGGGAAAGUGGGGGCCGGCCCAUCAAACCACCAAAGAAAGACCUGGAAGACGGGGAGGUGCCCCAGCAUGCGGGCAAGAAAGGCAAGCUCUCGGAACACCUGAAGUACUGUGACAGCAUCCUUAAGGAGAUGCUGUCCAAGAAGCAUGCUGCUUACGCUUGGCCCUUCUACAAGCCCGUGGACGCCGAGGCCCUGGAACUGCAUGACUACCAUGACAUUAUCAAGCACCCGAUGGAUCUCAGUACUGUGAAAAAAAAAAUGGACAGCCGGGAAUAUCAAGAUGCCCAGGGGUUUGCGGCGGAUAUUCGGUUAAUGUUCUCUAAUUGUUACAAGUACAAUCCUCCCGACCACGAAGUUGUGGCCAUGGCCAGGAAGCUUCAGGACGUCUUCGAGAUGAGGUUUGCCAAGAUGCCAGAUGAGCCGGCAGAACCUCCCCCUCCUCCUCCUCCAACGGCGCCAGUGGUGAGCAAAAGCACCGAGAGCAGCCACAGCAGCGAGGAGAGUUCCUCAGAUUCUGACAGCUCCGACUCUGAAGAGGAAAGAGCCACACGCCUGGCGGAGCUCCAGGAGCAGGAUUGUUCCCGAUCUUUGAGGCAGUGCUACAAGGUCAAUGACUCCCGAGACUGGAAUGGAUGGAAUGUAUUUGUUUAUUUUUAUUUUUUUAUUGAUUUCUUUAUUCUUGUACAGAUAAGUGCUCUGUCAUAAUUAGUGUUUAGCUCUCGAUGCCUCUUUGGGUGUCGUAAUAAGACGUAUUGUGCUUUUCUGUUAGUACAGUGAAAUGUCACCUGUGGGUUUGGAACACUGAAGGAGGAUCCCUUGACUUGGGGUGGCGUUUCAUCAGUGACCCUCCCUCUAUUGCCGUGGUGGCGAACCUUUGGCACUCCAGAUGUUAUGGAUUACAAUUCCCAUCAGCCCCUUCCAG